UGGCAUAAAACCCUGAAAACAAAAGUGCAAUCCAAACGAAGUGAAAGUGACAAAUAUUAAAGAAAACCGCAGUGAAUAUAUUUAGUUCAAGUGUAGUAAAUCCUGUUUCUCAAUAAGCAUGGGUGUACCCGCAUUUUUCCGGUGGCUGAGUCGAAAAUAUCCAUCCGUAAUUGUCGAGUGUAUCGAACAGAAGGCCGUGACAGUCGAUGGCGUUCAAGUUCCAACAAAUUCUUCUGAACCGAAUCCCAAUGGGGUCGAAUUCGAUAAUUUAUACCUAGACAUGAAUGGUAUAAUUCAUCCUUGUACACAUCCCGAAGACAAGCCGGCCCCAAAAAAUGAAGAUGAGAUGAUGGAAGCUAUUUUCGAGUGCAUCGAUCGAUUAUUCCGAAUCGUGCGACCCAGAAAAGUUCUUUACAUGGCCAUCGAUGGAGUUGCUCCAAGAGCAAAGAUGAAUCAACAGAGAUCUCGCAGAUUCCGUGCCUCGAAAGAAACUUCAGAAAAAAUCCUAGAAAUCGACAGAAUUCGAAGUGAUUUACUUUCGAAAGGAGCCUAUCUACCACCAGAAAAACCAAAAGGAGAACAUUUUGAUAGUAAUUGCAUCACACCGGGUACACCAUUCAUGGCAAGAUUAUCGGCUUGUCUGCAUUAUUAUGUUCACGAGCGUUUGAAUAACGAUCCUGGGUGGAAAGGAAUUAAAGUGAUUUUGAGCGACGCUAACGUCCCUGGUGAAGGAGAACACAAAAUUAUGGACUAUAUUCGUCGGCAAAGAGCUCAACCAGAUCAUGAUCCCAACACACAGCACGUUCUUUGCGGAGCGGAUGCAGAUUUGAUAAUGUUGGGACUCGCCACCCACGAGCCAAACUUCACAAUCAUUCGUGAGGAAUUCAAGCCCAAUAAACCGAGACCCUGCGACAUUUGCGGACAACUGGGCCACGAAAUGAAGGAUUGCACGGGAGCAGAGCCAAACGCGUCAGGUGAAGAAGACGCUUUUGGAUCCGAGUGCCAAUUUAUUUUCGUUCGAUUAAACGUCCUUCGAGAAUAUCUGGAGAAGGAACUCCAAAUGCCGAAUUUGCCGUUCAAAUACGACUUCGAAAGGGCAAUUGACGAUUGGGUUUUCAUGUGUUUCUUUGUAGGAAAUGAUUUUCUACCUCAUUUGCCCUCCUUGGAAAUUCGCGAGGGCGCGAUUGACAGACUCGUUAAUUUAUAUAAGAAGACUGUAUAUAAAACGGGGGGUUUUUUGACUGACAGUGGUGACGUUAAUCUGGACAGAGUUCAGAUGAUAAUGUCUGAUCUGGGAAAUAUGGAGGACGAAAUUUUCAAGAAGAGACAGCAAAAUGAAAUUGCAUUCAAGCAACGGGAGAAGAACAAGAAGAGAAGGAUGGAAUCAAUCAGUAAUUUUAAACCUAAUUGGGUUCCUUGUGGACAAUUUGCACCAACUCCUCUCGGACAGUCAGUGAAUCCGGUUCGAAAUCCUCGACAGGAAGCGUUUUUGAUGCGAACACAAGGCAGAAAUUAUAACACAAAUGCGGCUCUUCAAUCGAUGAUCGUUCCUGAGGGUUCGGAUAACCGGGGCCAGAAACGUAAAGCAGAUGAAAUAAAAGAGGAGGAGGACGAUCAAGCUCACGACGAGGUUCGAUUAUGGGAAGACGGAUUCAAAGAACGAUAUUAUGAAUCCAAAUUCGACGUGUCUGCCGACAAUUUUGCAUUCAGAAAUAACGUAGCUUUACAGUACGUUCGUGGACUGUGUUGGGUUUUGCGAUAUUAUUAUCAAGGAUGCGCCUCCUGGAAAUGGUACUUUCCUUACCAUUAUGCUCCAUUCGCGAGCGAUUUUAUCAACAUUGGAGGCCUCUCCACUGAAUUCGAAAGGGGCACAAUUCCUUUCCGUCCUCUUGAACAACUGAUGGGUGUAUUUCCAGCAGCGAGCAGCGGCCACGUUCCAAAACCUUGGGCAAAAUUGAUGAGUGACCCCAGAUCUCCAAUUAUUGACUUCUAUCCCGAAGACUUCAAAAUCGAUCUCAACGGGAAGAAAUUCGCCUGGCAAGGAGUCGCUUUGCUUCCUUUUGUAGAAGAGAAACGACUUUUUAAAGCCCUCGAACCUUAUUAUGAAUGUCUCACAGAAGCAGAGAAAAGACGUAACGUCAAAGGCGAUGAUAGACUUUAUGUGGGACCUGGAAACUCAAACUACGAUUUCAUAAAGGGCCUUUACACGAAUAAUAUCAAAUCUGACGAGGAAGUUGAAAUAUCGAUUGACGGAAUGCGAGGAACGAUUUUAUUGGCUGAGGACUGUAUUAGUCAAGGAGGCACACUUCCAUCGCCGACUAAUCUUGGAGCGCCAGUUCGCUGCAAUCAAGUCUUUUGCGUAAGAUUCCGGGAUCCGAAGUACAGCGAUAACUACAUUUUCCCGGCUAAAAAGUUGAAAGGGGCUGUGGAACCGCCGAAGGUUUUGAAGCCUCAAGAUUUCGAGCAGAUGAAUCGAGGUGGUGGAAACCAGUGGCGACCACAAGUGGGUUUCACUCCUUCAAAUCAAAUCGCAUCUGUUGGGGCCGCUGGACAUCGAAUGUUGGGACAUCACACAAAUAACAACAGAACGCCAGGCGUUUAUGGACACGUCCCACCCCCGCAGAGUUUGCAGCAACAACAACGGGGAUAUCAGAGUGGUUACAGUUCCGGAUCUUCAGGUAACCGGUUUAAUUCUAACUCGGGAGGUGAUUCCAGACUUCGUGAAUUCCAAAAUUCACAUCAAAAUCGUCAAGGUCAUCAAAGUUAUCAGAGUCGCCAAGGUCAGCAAGGUCAACAGAGGUACCAGAAUAAUCAGAGCCAAAGUCUAUCUCCAUGGGCUAAUAAAUACAGCUCAUCGUCAAAUCCUCAACAGAAUCGUCAAUACGGCAAUCAGCCUUAUCAGCAUCAACAGAAUCGUGGCUCAAAUCGAGGAUCUUCACAGCCAUGGAAUCGAUCUGCUAAUCAACAUGGAAGGGGAGGAAGCAGCAAUUCAGGAGGAGGUUGGAGAAGAUAAGCCACACAUUUGGUGAAGGCGUGCAAUUUUAUACGGGAUUUUUAGUGAAGAAUCAUUAACAGCGAGAGGAAUAUCAUGAAUUUAAUGUAAUUAUUAGCCAUCUUCUAAAAAUCGCGCGGAGAUUGGCGCAGAGUAAUUUAUCCUGCAGACAAUUAUUAUAGCAGAUUUAAAGCACAUUCUAAGAUAUAUUUGACAUUAAUUCCUACAUACAAUUAAUUAAUUAAUUCGAAAUCAUGACUUGUCGAUAAAGUUUGGCCGAUUGUACAUACAUCACAGUAAUUUUCCCUUGGAUAUAUUAUUUAUCCAAAAAAGCGAAAUAUAUUUUAUAAAUACAGAUAAUUGUUCGUUUGCUUCUUACAAAUCUGUAAGUUAAUGAAAAUAUUAAUUUAAACAAGUUUUAGAAUAAUUCUCUCUUGUAUUUGUAAAAUAUUAGAAUUUUUACAUGCUUUUUCAUUUAAAUUAGAAAAAUGUCUAGUAUUAAAAUGUGAAAAAGUCACCUUUUGCGAAAAGCAUCGAUUGAACUUUUACUCCAUUUUGAGUUGCACGUGCACUGAGUUAAAUCGACUUAACUGCGAGAUGAGCCAGAAUUGUAUGUCGAAUCACAACAAAAAAAGAGGGAAAAAUAAAGAGAAAAGCCCUGUCAGCAGGAAU